AUGGGUCAGCGGGCGUACCUUCCAUCUGUUCACCAGGAGAUUGUAUACCCCUCGCACAAGCGCACACAGAACUUCUCGGUGUGCAGAUGCUGGCAGUCGACCAAAUUUCCAAUUUGCGACAACUCUCACAAGGUGUUGCAGAAACAGGGGUGCAACUGUGGUCCAGCCAUGCUGGAAAUUCGGCAAGCACCAAGCGUUGAGGAGCCUCGGGCGUUCAAAAGUACUGCUGGAACCAGCAAAGACAACCCCUCAGCGGGUGUCUUAUUUGGCGGCGCCGCGUCUGUAGCUGCAGCGGUUGCAGCGCGUGUGUUAAUGCGCCUUUCGUCAAAGAAUGGAAUGAACUCUCUUCUCUCUGUGUAA